AAAUAAAAUUGGAUGGAAUAAACCAAUCCACAGCCUUACUUCUCCCCCAUAGUUUUGUGAAAGUAGUAAGAAGGGCCAAACAUGGAAGUUGGGCUUGAACAAACAAACCAGCCUGCAAUAUUUUUGUUUUCACCCUAAAAAAUGGUUUUCCCGCCCAAAGGCACCUCUUACAAUAUAUUCUUGUCAUAUUUUCCGUAAAAAUCUCACAUUGAUUAUCAUCAUUUUCAUCAUUCAUAUGUACAUAGCCACUUUCCAAAUUUUCCAGGAGAAAUGCAGAAAAAAUAUAAUUAUAAUUAUUAUUUCUACCUCCUAUUGAGAACUAGGGUUACACUAGUUCAAAAUGGAUUCCCCUGAACCUUCAUCAAAAUCAUGCACCGCCCCCAUUUCAUCAUCAGAACCUGUACCUGCCCAAGAUUCACCUGUCUUCAAUUAUAUUAGCAACCUCUCUCCUAUACAACCUGUCAAGGGUGCUCCAAUUGUGCAAUAUUUCCCAGGGCUGAAUUCUCCUCCUCUUCUGUUUACCUCACCUCGGAUUAAUGCACAGAGUCAAUCAAGCUUGUUGAAAAGGAGCCAGUUUCCUCAACUAUCCAGUGAAGCAUUUUGUGGGAAGAAUGAGGAUUAUAACAAUGUUGUCACAGAUUCAGAUGGCACUAGAGUAUCUGUUUCUCCGCCAAGAAGUGGACUAAACCCUUUUGUUCAGAAAAUAUCUGAUAAUAGUAUCUUUGUGCAUGAACAAAGUGGGAGUCCCAUAAGAUGUGUUGAUGAAUUCUUAGUUGAUGUUUCAAACUCAGAGUCUGGUAAUCCUUCAAAUUCAACUAAUACCAGCCUAAAGGUAGCUGAUAGUAUUCCUCAAUCUCCUAAUAGUGCAGGAGAUUUAAAGGAAUCUGUCGCUAACAUUGCAAGUAAAGAUGCAAGACAAGAUGAGAUUCCAGAAGUUGCAGCUCGUGUUGUUGUAGAGCAAGCUGAACAGGACAAUAAGGAAAACUCCUCAUACAAUCAGAAAGAUAUUGGGGCUUGCAGUUCCAAUACUGAUCCUGAUCUUCCACCUACCAGUUUAUGUACAGAGAUUGUUCCCUACUUGCCUGCUCAUAGUUCGUCGCAUUAUCAUUAUGGUGACCGACACAUGGCUCAGUUUUCAAGGGUCGACUGCACUAUGUUGGAUGAAGCUUCUAAUAUACCGAUCGAAUCAUUGGAGACUGCAUGUGAUUGCAGAAAUGAUAGUGAUACGAUUAGCACAAUGUCAGUUGCACCAGAUGAAAGCAUUGUGCAGCAUGAUUCUCAAACCAAGGCAGGUCAACAUCAAAGCGGAAUAAGUAGGCGUUGUCUCCAAUUUGAAGAUGCUCAACAGAAGAUCGCACCAGCUAGCUCUGGCUCACAGAGUGCUUCAGGUAUUGUGAGCUGCUCAGUAGCACCAGUCAGUCCUGCUGUCUUAGAGGUCGUAGAACAAGGUUCAUCAAAUAGAUCAUCAACUGCAAACGAUAGGCCAUUGACCCAGCUGGCAUCUUCUUCUGUUGAUUCUGAAAAACUUACUGUGAAAGUCCCAAAGCCAUCUGGUAUUGGCUUGCACUUAAAUAGUAUAGUUAAUGGGAUGGAAGCUGGUUCUGGUGCAACUGUAAGUGUGAAAUCAACUGAGAGGGGUAACUUAAGCAUAUGCGGGAAGAAGUUGACGUCCAUGGUGAGCUGUCACCCUUCUAAGAACAUGAAGAAUUGCUUGAUAUCUUCGAAUGUGGUUGGGAGCAAUUUGACAAGUGGUGACAAUGACGGUAGACAUGAAAGUUAUGUGCCGAAUACAGAAAGUGUCUCUGCUUCUUUUUCGCUUAAUAAUGCAAAACCUUUAAAUGACACUGUGCUCUUGAAGCCAACGGAGCAUACUUCAAGUCACAAAAGGAAGUUUAAUUCUGAACAUAUCGACAGCCCUAUGGAUUACAAUUUGUCAAGCCCCCAAAAGAAAAGAAAGAAAACCUCGGAUGGAAAUGUUGGUGAUGGGUGCAAACGCUGCAAUUGUAAGAAGACUAAGUGCUUGAAACUUUAUUGUGAUUGCUUUGCUGCUGGAGUAUAUUGUGUGGGCUCUUGCACUUGCCAAGGUUGCUUCAACAGACCUGAAUAUGAAGACACUGUUCUUGAUGUGCGGCAACAAAUCCAGUGUCGGAAUCCCCUGGCAUUUGCUCCAAAAGUUGUGCAGCAUUCCACUGAUUCCCCUACAAAUGUUGUUGCGGAGGAUGGAUCAAGUUUUACGCCCUCUUCUGCAAGACACAAAAGAGGGUGCAACUGCAAGAAGUCAAUGUGUUUGAAAAAGUACUGUGAGUGCUAUCAGGCUAAUGUUGGAUGUUCCAGUGGAUGCCGCUGUGAAGGAUGUAAAAAUGUCUAUGGUCGGAAGGAAGAAUACGGUAAAGAUUUGGUUAAUAGACAUUGCAUCACUGAGAGAUUGGAGAGGUCUGUUGAGGAAGAGGUGGAAAUGGUGACAGCUACAAGUGGGUUAUUGCAAAGUGAUCCAAGAAAUCAAUGCAACUUAACUCCCUUGACACCUUCAUUUCAGUGCUCAAACCGGGGGAAGAAUGCAUCAAAAACUUGGUUCACUUCUGGAAGAUACGUUUCUUCACCUGAAUCUGGCCAAGCUAAUACAGAAGCAUAUGGACUGUCCCCAGGAUCUCCUAGAAGUUCUAAAAAUCAUGACAUAGAUCAGGAAACUACUGAUGAUAUUUUGGAUAUUGUUCCCUUCGAUCAGGAAAAUCAUGGCAAUGCAAAGUUAGCAAAUGAAAUAUCACCAGGGUUUCAUGUUACUGACAAUACUGAUGAUCUUUUGGCACUGCCAAACUCACAAGAUUGGGCAAGUAAUUCAGAUAAUCAACUGAUUCCUCAAACUGUCCAUUUCCAGUCCACGCCUCUGCUAUGCUGGCGUAACUCUCCGAUGACCCCUAUGACCCAGUUUGACGGGAGUGGGAUGAACGUUUUGGAAUUACUAGACUCUAAUAAGAAGCCAUUUGUGAUGGAAGAUGACACACCGGAAAUACUUAAGGAGUCUUCUAUACCACAAAAUGGUGUUAAAGUAAACUCUCCGAAUAAGAAGCGUAUUUCUCCACCUCAUCGUCAUUUGAAUGAGCUUGGUGCUACAUCGUCUGGAGGAGGCUUAAAAACAGGCCGGAAAUUCAUACUGCGAGCUGUUCCUUCUUUCCCACCACUUACCCCAUGUAUUGAAUCCAAAGAUGUUGCAGCUCAUAGCACCAAUAAUUCUCAAAAAGAUAGCAGCAGCAAAUAACCAACACUACAAGAGGUUAGAAAUGUUGCUUUUGUCUAUCACUUUAUUCGUGUGAUAAAGAACAAAAAAUGGGUUUUAAGAUAAUCUCUGAAUGAAUAAUGUGAUCUCAGAGGAAGGAAAAGCGUACUGCUGCUUGGUUUUACUGUACACAGUAAAGAUGGAUAGGAGGGAAAUCCUUUGCCUUCAUCAUAUGAGAACUCUUUAAAUCUCCUUGGAAAUCCUAUAUUUUAGGUAAAAUGAACAAAAUUCUAGUUUUUUCACCUCUGCUGAUCAUGUAGAGGAAUUCUUGCAUUACUUUGUACUACGUUUUAGAUUCUUUAAUUGGCUUAUUUGCUGCCAAGUACAAUAAUUGCUAUUACUUCGGUCAUGUUGUGGUUGAUGGCAGAAGUAGCAUUGUAUACUUCAUAUUUCAAAAGAAUUGUUUACAAAGCCAA